UCGUAUACAUUAAACGACAUAGGAUCGGCAGCCGACACUUGGCAAUCAGCCAUCCAACAGUAUAUAACUUGGAUCUCUUAGGUGCCUCGGCAAUAGAAACGCUCAGCCUCUCUCGCGAAAACAAUGAAGUCUACGUGUGUCCUGUUGGUGAUUCUGGUGGCAGUGACUGUGGUUUCCGGCGAGCCUCACUUUAAAGGCAAAGGGUUCGGUAAGAAGGGUGGUGGAUUCUAUGGCCACCCCAUACACGUAGUCCAUCAGCCUGUACCCGUGUAUUACCCCGUCCACUACGGUGGUUACGGAGGAGGCUACGGACACAGCGGAGGAUACGGACACGGCGGAGGAUACGGACAAAGUGGAGGCUAUGGAUACGGCGGAGGCUACGGACACUUCAGUGGCUAUGGGCGGUGAGCUCUCAGGAUGGAAUCACCACCACAACGGGUCUACUAACGUUAGUUGAGGAGAGUCUCCUCAUUCUGGAAAGCUGCAUGAAGUUUGUUCUAGACGGCAGUGGCCAAAUCAUUUGUCAUCUUCACUUAUGACUAUUAAUACAUUGUACACACACACACACAAAACACACACACACACACACACACACACACACACAAUAGAAAAAAUAAAAAAUAAAUAAAUAAAUAAGUAAAAUAUAUAAAUAAUUUAAAUAAAUGUAUAAAGAUAAAUAAAUAAUAAAUAAAUACAUUUUA